CGAGGGCGAAAAGGCUAAAUCCAUGUAUUAGAGUGGAAUUAUUUGGUGUCGAGAACAGCGGCAUCUUCUUCGCAAAGUUUGCGUUCAUUCGGUGUGACUCAGUGGACAAAAACUUUCGCCCAUCAUGCCGGGUCGACUCAUCCCGGAGCAUGUUGAUCUGCUCGGUAACCCGACUCCGGUGAUGAAGUGGCUUGAAGAGCAAGAUGUGGGAAGCCAACAGAGUUAUGCCACAAACAUCUUCGACACGAUCCUGGGAGAAGCUGCCCAGCCUAGAUCGGUCUCAGGCAAUGCCUGCGUGAGGCUUUGUGGCUUUGUAGAACGAGUUUCUAAGUCUGAGUCAGAGCCGCUUCAGCUGUGGGCGUUUUCCCAAGAUGUAGCUUUGCGGCUUUACGAUUUCUACAUUGAUUGGAAUGAGUUUGAUCAUCAUCGAUCAAUGAGACUUGUCCUAGACCUGAUAGCACAGCUUCUCCGGAGAAAUCCUGACAAGAAAGCUGCACUAGUCAUACGAGAUUUGCUCUUGGACAAUCUAGUCUCGAUUGUAAUCGGCCGCUCGACCAAGCCUGUAGCUAAAUCGGCCCUAAAGACUCUGGAUUACUUUCUUGCCAAGGGAGUUUUCAACCUGGAUGACGUCAAAGCCACUCAUCUCUCCUACCAUCAGGAGCUAUCUCAGGCUGCUGAUAUCGAGAUAUGGAGCGUCUUCACAACGGAGUUGCUGCAGUGGACGAGGCUGCACUUUAUCUGUCCGGCCGCCGGAAAGUUCAUAGUGAGCUUGUGUCGUGCCCUGAGGAAAAGAGGCCAUGAAGACUCUACAGGCUUGAGUAUAGACACAUGGCAUCGUUGGCUGCUCGAGUUUCUGGCACAAGAGCCAAGUCUUUUGGAAAACUUCAAAAACUAUAUAUUCCUUCCGCUCUUCAAGGUCGACAGGCCGGAAGGUCUGAAACUUUUACAGAAAGUGAAUCAGCAUGAGUCUAGUUCAACGGUUGCGCCCGCCAAUGAGGAUUUCGACGCAAAUGCACUUCUCACUUUGGCUGCUUUAGAGACUGGAAAGAAAGUUGGUCUUGUUGAGGAACCCUAUCUUGGCAGCGAUCAAUCGAACGAAGACAACUCAUCCAUUACACUCCGAGAAAAUGCCCUCGAGAGCGUGUUAACACAUCCUUCUCACGAGGUCCGAACGUCAGCCCUUAGUCUUCUUAUAAGCUCACCAUCAACGACACGACCAUACUCUGCUACCACCUUGGACUUACUUAAGAGACAUUUGGCCACUUAUUUUGCUGAUCCUGAUGCCAAAUUUCGGGUAGAUGUCUGUGCUCGUGUAAGGGACAUGUUCAAGAGGGUACGAGGCGCAAUCUCGAUAUUGAAGAAAAGUAUACCGCGAGCAAGGGCAAAGGCUCGAAAAAACGCUACCAAGGAUGCAGCAUCUGCUGCUGGCCAACAAGCACUAUACCGCACCAACAUAAUUUCAUGGCCAGAAUCUGAGCUGGUAUACUGCUUAGAGUACCAUGAGAAAUUCUUACACUGGUAUCUAGGGUUCUUAUGUGACGAACUGUCUCCUACGGCUUCUUACCAACGGCAUAUUACAUCCCUCAAGAGCUUGAUAUCUAUACUCCGCAUGGAAGGGGAUAGUUCGAAGACUUGGGAGACGCCAGAAGAUCAGCAGCUGUUUUUCGACUAUUUUGAUGGGAAGUGGCUUCGAGCCCUCGCUGAUCUAGUAAUGGAUCCGUUCGAUGACGUUCGGGAUACCGCCUCACUUGCAUUAGCCCAGCUUUUUGCUGAUAGCAGAUACGGAAAAUUCACCCUUUACUCUACAAAAGCGACCCAAAGGCCUUCAGGAGGACUUGAAGAAUUAUUACAUCGAGCUGAAAAGGUGUCAAUUCGUACUGCCAGAGCUGAUCAUUCUGAUGGUGUUGCUAGAGCCUCGCAACUGCUCUAUAAGUUCUUGGACACGGAAGAUGAACGCCUGAGUCUUCUUUCAAAACUUGUUGAUACACUAGAUCACAAGAUAUCAAGAGCUGAAGCAGACUUGGGGCAGGCUGUUCUAGAGCAGCCGCUGCACAGUACCUUUGCUUCGCUGUGCUUCACUUGGCAGGCCGUUUCUGAAAAGAAGCUGUCAGAAUCCGAGGCGGAGUCGGCUUCCGUGCUGCAAAACAGGAUGAUUAAUUGCUGUGAACGAGUAUGGAAAGCUGUUCGCGAUGUUCUUUGCGAUGACUCUCCUGAGGGGCAUCUGCCUGAGGAAAUGGAAGAUACUGAAGGUCUUGAUACAAAAGGUCUCUUGAGCUACAGCUUUCGUGCCAUUCACGAAUCAAGCAAUCUAAUGCGGACGAUUGCACUGAGUAUGAGAAACCGCUCUCGCGAGGGGCUUAUUACUCCAUCUCGGAAAGCGUUUGAGACCAUUGGAAAUCUGGCAUUCGAACAGCUAGCCAAUUUGAGGCAUCGUGGUGCAUUCACAACAGUAGCUGCAACAUUUGCGACUUGCUGCCAGUUGACCAAGCAUUUGGAUCCCAUUGAGGGCGAGGUAUCCCUACUCAACAUAUGGUACAAGGGCACUUUGAACGAAAUCUUCACUCAAAGAUCCACAACUCGAAGAUCUGCUGGAAUCCCCUCGAUGAUGACGGGUAUUCUCUCGGCAAAUGCAGCUAACCCAUCGUUCGAGGAUGCAAUGGCCAGACUCAUCGAAAUAGCGAGUAUUGAGGCCCGCGUGGUAGAAACAGAUGGAUCCAAUCUGCCUCAAGUCCACGCUUACAACUGUCUCAAAGACAUCUUCAAAAACUCGCUACUGACAUCCAUGGGAAAUAAAUCUGAGAAGUAUCUUCCCCAGUGCCUUGAACUAGCGGCUAGUGGACUCAGGUCAGAGGUCUGGGCGAUUCGUAACUGCGGCUUGAUCUUCCUUCGCAGCUUGAUCGAUAGCCUCUUCGGGUCACAGGAGAGCAAAGCGAUGAUUGAAGCUGGUUGGGACGGAAAGGCCAACAGGAUUCCAUACCACCGAUACCCUAACCUUCCGACGGUGUUAGAAAGUCUUCUCAAAUCUGGUCACAAGAUGGUGACCUCUGCAAAUGCUACAUCGUCUGCCGAGUCAGUUUUCCCAGCCUUGGACAUCAUCCGUCGAGCAGGACCUCCUGAUCUUCUCCGAGACGAAAUUCAGGUUCAUGUUGCUGCAUAUCUAUUGAGCCCUGUAUGGCAUGUGCGCGAAAUCGCUGCCAGGACUCUCUGUUCCUGCUUGCUGCACGACAAAUGGCUUGGCGUUGUUCAGGAUUUGAUUCACAAGUCGUUGAAUGACAAGACCGUCAACAGACAAAAUCAUGUGCACGGAGUUCUCCUAUCUCUGAAGUUUCUUGUUGAGAGGUUUGGCGAAGUAGCACCAGAUCGCCUCAUAGCUGACUUACCUGAGUUGACGGCAUUCCUCGAGUCAAGCCACAUUGAUAGCAUAUAUGUUGACUGCCCAGACAUCAUAGCUGCGUAUCUGGAAGUUAUCAACAUGAUAUGGAUGUCCCAAAUCUCCAAAUCUCAGCCCUUGCAGCCACCCAAGGUCUUAGUACCCACAACAAACGGCUCUGCGUUGCUCAAAGCUCAAAGUAUUAUAAGUAGAAUACUUUCCUUGUCUCAAACCAAGGAGCCCGUUGGGCAGGUUAAGGCUUUACUACGUGAGAGCCGUAUCGGCGCCGACACGAUGGUGGCUGCCUUGGAGUCGAUACAGAAACUAUGGCAUUCGGCCUCAACCCCUGACCCCAUCAGAAUCGCCUUGUGCGAUCUGUACAUUGAUGUUUGCCUCAGAACUUGCUUCAUUGAGCCUCAGGUAGUGGCUAUUGAAAACCUGGUAGAGUUGAUAAACCAACUCAUUGCAGAGGGCAAGCUCGGCUCCCUGCCUGUAGCCUCUCUGAUGGAUAUGUGGACGAUAUUACCCCAGCGUCCAUUGAACCCAUCGCUCUCCAAUGCCAUUGUGAGAGCCAGCGGCUGUAUAGUUGCGGUUAUGAACCAUGCCAAACGCCUUUCAUCGCCAGCCCUUCGGAGUUGGGGCGAAAUGGUAGCUGAUGCAGGAUCAGACGAUAAGAGUUUCGACACUCGCUUUGCGGCAGCUCAAUCUCUUUGCUCAUUCUUCAGCGUAACAGGACCAUCCUGCACUAGUGAAAAAUACCUCCCUGUCAUCGUAGCCCUCUAUGAUGCAAUAAACGACGAUGACGAUGAGGUGCGAGAGGCUGGGUCCGCUGCAGCAAGAAGCAUUCUCGGCCAGAAUCUAGCUCCCCUUGAAGCCUCCGGUCGUCUCCUUCAAUGGCUCGCCCAGCACUUUGGCAGCAGCGCUGAGUUUAAAGCCAUCGUUGCUAGUCGCAUCACCGGCCAUCGGGCCUCUAUAGCAGCUGAUCAGCUGCGGAGUUCUCCUGGAGCACAACUAGAUGCAGCUCUCAAGUCUGAUGACUCUCUGUUCGCAGUAGAGGAGCAGAAUCUCUUCAUAGACGAGGUUCGCGAAGCUAAUCGCUGGGCUGCCGUCUUUCAGAAUAUAGCAUGGGAUGAGAAGAGCCCAGAAGACGCCAAGAUCCUCGGCAAGUUGGAUGAGUGGAUUUGCGAUGGCCUGGUGCAGAUGCAGCAGAUGAUAAAGCAGGAGGACGGUCCUCUUGGCUGGGCAUCGAAUCCUCACGUCUUUGCCAUCGGCACAAGCAUUCUUCGGGGCGCUGUGACAUUGAGGAGAGGUCACGGCACUGAGAAGUUGCGUCAGGCUGUUGAUGAUGUCAAAGAGCUGUUGAGGUUGCCGGAGCAUGAUCGGGUUUCAAAAUUGCUUGUAGAACCAUUAGAAGAGAACUAGAGAGGGGAAAAUAGAUUUUAGAAUAAGGAUUUAACAGGUUGUAUAAUGAAAUUAAGUAAAGCUAAGAAAGAAAUGUUCCAUGUAAAGCAAAUAACCCUUUUAUCCGAGUCCCAUGAAUUCCCAUCCUGACCCUAAUUCGCUGUAAAUGUAUAAGCCAGAACACUCCAACUCCUCCCUGGCCAAAAGAAAAAAGAAAAACUAAAAAGAAAAGCUUCGACAUAUUUGUAUAAUCACACAUAAAAAGCACCCAGUACCAUGCAAGAUCCAUCAUCCCAAUGAGAAAUAACCCCAAGCCCCUUUAACAUUGUUAACAUUUUGUCCUGCGUAUAACCACUCAUGUCGACUUGGUGCUCUCCACCCCUGAGCCCUUGGAAGACGCGGAGGCUGCCCUAUCAAACCCCCCUAGCC